UUUGAAUGAGUUAAUAUAAAUCGUUUUUCUUGAUGUUGAUUUGUUUCGCGGCAAUAUAUCUUGAAGAAUUUUGGUGCAUUCAAUUUGGGAAUUGGGAAUUGUUUCAUAUUUUUAUCAGAGCACAUUAGGUUGAAAGUUUGCUUCUGUUUCAAUAGCUGAAUUAGAAAUUUUAAGAUACUAUUUUUAGGAGUGGAAUCUGUGUUGAUUGGUUGAGUUGUAGCUUCUGAAAGAUUAUGUAAAAUUCAUGGAAUUUCAUCUGAUUUGCAUUUGAAGAUUACAGCUUCGUGUUCUAACCCCUUUCUAGGUCUAAUUUUCUGAAUUUCUGCUUAUUGAGAACUGCUGCGCGGCGAGGCUCUGCUUUUGGGGAGGUUCGGAAAUCGACCAGCAACUAAUCGGCCGCACAUAUAUGCUUCUUUCAUAAUCUGGAAAUCAUGAAACUGAAGGAUUAUCCUUCCCGAAACACCCAGAAAAACGACGAGAGCCAUGAGUCUCCUGGCAGUCCACGUCACAGAAAGGUCUUGGCAAGAUGGGAUCCGAAUGGAGCCUGCAGGCCUGAUAUAGAUGACGCUCCAAUCUUUUAUCCAACCGAGGAGGAGUUCCAAGACACUCUUGGUUAUAUAGCAAGCAUUCGUCCGAGAGCUGAGGCUUACGGUAUAUGUAAAAUAGUGCCGCCUCCAUCUUGGAAGCCGCCUUGUCCGCUUAAAGAAAAGGAAGUGUGGGAAAGAUCAAAAUUCUCGACACGGAUUCAGCAUGUCGACCUCCUUCAAAACAGGGAGCCAAUGAGGAAAAAGUCGCAAAGAAAGAGGAAAAGGCGGAGGCAGUUCAAUACAAGGCCAAGGAGACGUGCUCGUUCUGAGAGUUCAGAGGCUAAUGCGGCUGGUGAAAAUGAAGAAAAGUUUGGCUUUAAGUCAGGAUCCGACUUCACGCUUGAUGAAUUUGAAAGAUAUGCCGAAGAAUUUAAAGAAUCUUACUUCAGAGUGAAGGAAAGAACGCAAGAGUCCUCCGCAGGGAUCGAGCAAGAUAGUAAAUGGCGGCCCACGGUUAAUGAUAUCGAAGGAGAGUAUUGGAGGAUUAUCGAGCAGCCUACAGACGAGGUUGAGGUGUAUUACGGAGCUGAUCUAGAAACGGGAACGCUAGGAAGUGGAUUUCCUAAAGAUUCUACGUUAAUGGCAGAUGAAGCUAAGAUUUGUAAAUAUGUGACUUCAGGAUGGAAUCUGAACAACUUACCUCGUCUCCCGGUUUCUGUUUUGGGUUUCGAAGAAUGCAACAUAUCUGGUGUAGUUGUACCAUGGCUUUAUAUAGGCAUGUGCUUCUCGUCGUUCUGUUGGCAUGUCGAAGACCACCAUCUCUACUCGCUGAACUAUCAUCACUGGGGAGAUCCGAAAAUGUGGUAUGGAGUGCCAGGUAAUCAUGCUUCUUCAUUGGAGCAAGCUAUGAAGAAGCACUUGUCCGAUCUCUUUGAAGAACAACCGGAUUUACUAAACGAAUUGGUUACUCAGCUUUCGCCAUCCGUUUUGAAAUCGGAAGGGGUGCCAGUGUAUCGUGUUGUCCAAAACUCCGGGGAGUUUGUUCUCACCUUCCCAAGGGCUUACCACGCGGGCUUCAACUGUGGCUUUAAUUGUGCGGAGGCAGUAAAUGUGGCCCCUGUUGAUUGGCUACAACACGGUCAAAAUGCAGUCGAGCUCUAUAGCACGCAGCUUCACAAGACAUCGAUAUCACAUGAUAAGCUGCUUUUGGCUGCUGCUAAGGAGGCCGUCCAGGCGCUAUGGGAGAUCUCUGUUCUAAAGAAAGAAAAUCCCGACAAUCUGAGAUGGAAAAGCUUCUGCGGGGAGGAUGGGAUGCUUACCCGAGCAAUUAAGACGAGGGUUGAUUUAGAGGUGAAAAGAAUCGAACGCCUCCAAGGGGCAGCACGCAUCCAGAAGAUGGAGAAGGAUUUCGAUGAGAAUACAGAGAGAGAAUGCAUUUCUUGCUUUUACGACUUGCAUCUCUCUGCUGCUUGUUGCAAUUGUUCGCCGGAUAGGUAUACAUGCCUCAAGCACGCAAAUCUCGUCACUUGCUGUGAUCCCGAGAACAGACUAGUCCUUCUCCGCCACACCAUCGAUGAGUUGAAGACAUUGGUCGAGGCAUUGGAAGGUAGCAUGUUUCCACAGAGAGCAUGGGUGUCAAACGAUCACCGUGGUCGUUUAGGCCAGAAGAAUCUGAGCGACAGUAUUCUCGCCGCUCAUAAUAAGUUGUUCGGUGCUGAUCUUUCACCUCCAAUGAAAUCUGAAUACGUAGAAGACUCUACGUAUAAAGUUUCAAGUGCUGAUUCAGAUCCCGAACAAAGGACCAACGUUUGCGUUGAACUCAUAACUCUCGGAUCUGUUGUUAACGGGAAACUGUGGAGCAACAAGGCGGCCAUAUUCCCCUUAGGUUAUAAAAGCCGCGUAAUGUUCUAUAAUAUCUGCAAUCCACUGGUGAAGAGCAGAUAUACAUCAGAAGUCAUGGCUGGUGGGCUCCUAGGCCCGUUGUUCAAGGUUACCCUCGAGGAGCUUCCACAGGUGAGUUUCGUGCACAUGUCAGCAGAGGAAUGCUGGUCGAGCGUUUGCAAGAGACUGAAUCAAGAAAUACAGACACAGCUAAGCUUGGGGAAGGAAGGGCUCCCCCCCAUGCAGCCUCCGGGUAGCAUCAACGGGCUUGAAAUGUUCGGUUUCAACACCCCCUCCGUCAUGCAGGCAAUUGAGGCGCUCGACCCUCAUCACAAAAGCGCGGAAUACUGGGGAAACAAGGCCCUCAGCAACAAGUCGUUGUCGAGAACAGGCGAUAGCUUAGCAGCUGAGAAGAAUUCCUUGGAAACAAGGUCUGCUGGAGGGGAAAUAACAGAUAGUUUUGAGGCUACUACGGAGGAGACGAGGUCGGUUUUCGGGAGGCUGUUGAGGAAAGCUAACCGUGAGGAGAUGGAGAUGCUGCACAGGAUAUUGUGCAGAGGAUCGACGAGUUCUUUGUGGAGAGUAGCUAUUGAGACGCUGACAGAGGAGAUUCAGAGGAAUUCUAAAUAAAACUUAUUAUUUUCAAUAAUUAUUUUUUCUAGACUUCGGUAACCAAUUUUUGCUAUCUUUGUCGAUUCUUUUUUGGCAUCGGCAUAAACAGGGAGAAAAUUCAUCCUGGUGUUGUUGCACGAUGCAUUUCUUAAGCAAAUAAAGUUCAAUUGUUUCA